AUGACGCGCGAGACGACAUCCGUGCCACCCCAAUUCGCAAAGCCAAUCCUGCAAUACACAAGGACUCGACAGGAGGCUCUUUAUAUUCGAAGAGCGUUGACUCUGUAUUUGAAGGCGCAAAUUGAGUUCUCUGGUGACUCUCACGUAUCUCACAUCACUCUUUGCGUUCCACACAAUGCUACCAAUGUGAAGCGCAUCCCACCAGAGUUGAAAAAUGGACUACGCGCGCAAUACCUCCAGGCGCUGCAUGCCAACAUAGCUGCGAAAAGAGAGUACAAUGAGGUGCUUCUGGAAAUUGCAGCUCAGAAGAAAGUCAUGCAUUCCUCAUCAACUGGUUCUGUUGGUGAGGAAUCUAGCAACAAGGGUGGAGAGGUGCAAGCCUACCUGGGAUUGCUCCGAAGCCGGCGCGAUCAUGGGAAGAUACUGAUUUUCCAACAUUACCUGGAGAAACUGAACAAAAUGGAGGCUGGACAAGCUGGCUAUCUUGGACUUAGUGAUGAGCAAGCUUUAUCUCGCCAAGCUGCUGAGAGCUCGGCUGUCUCGGCUACCUUAACCUCGAGGGGCCGUGACGGCUGUGGCACGGAUGUUGAAGCUCUUUUUCAUCGGUUGGAACGGGCGGUGCUGCGUGCGAAGAAUCAAGCAGAUAUAGAGAAGAAACUGUUGGAAAAGCUAAAAUACCAACACCCCUCUGAAGAUGAGAAACCCGUCCCACCAGGGAAAAAGCUGGAAGCUUUGCGAUGGACUCAUACGGAAUUGGUUCGGUGGGUUGAAGAGAAGCUGGUUGAGUCUUCGCCAAUGGAUGACCAGGGCCCGAUUGAAGACGAAGCCAUGAUCGUUGCAUCCGACGUCGAAACAAUUCAAAUAUUGGAAGAGACUAAAUCCCAGAUUCAGGAACAGUAUGCCGCCUAUGUUAGAGCUCGAAAGGCUUUGCUAUCGGCCGUAUCUACAGCAUCCCAGCCCCUCUCUGUCGGUUUCCAGACACCACAGCGCCGUCUUGCACCUAGUGAGAAGCAGCAGAAUACCCCUACGCCGGACCUUGCUUUACUGUUAUCAUCCAUAUCGGAGCAUCUAUUGCCCUUGUCGAAGGCCCAGAAAGCCCCAUCGAUGCAGAAAUCCCAUCUAUCCGCUAUCCUUGCCAAGGAGAAAUGGACUACCUGCCGAAUGCUGGAUCGACUGCGGGAUGAGAGUCAUCUACUUCCAGAAUAUCCUAUCCUCACGAGACAGCCGCGCUUUAAGCAUGCCGUUGCAGCUAUAAACCGCCUGCCAUCUCUGCUUUCCAGCCCAACCAACCCGAACGAGAGGUCAGAGAUAGUUACUCAUGCGGAAGCCUGGGCAUUUGCUGCUAAGGAAGCAGGGGAUGUGACGAGGGGAUAUAUUGAACAGAGGACGGACAUUGCGACAGAAUUGGCCCGAAAUGCGGAGGAUACGUUGAAGGAGAUGUACGAGCUUAUGAACCAGGACUUUGAGGAAGCAACUGCUAGCAAGGCAAAAGACAAGGAGGAUGAUGGGGAUAUCUGGACUUCGGAAAGCCGGUUUGCUAGAAAUAGAGGGAGACAGGCACGAUCGGAGAAACGGCCAAAGGGUCCUUGGUCUGGGUUGAAUGGGAGAGUUUGUGCCAUAGGGGAUGGGUAA